AUGGCUGCAAAGCUUCUCCUGGCUCGUGGUGAGUUGAACUCUUCUUUGCUCCGCUUGAGAUACUUGAACCAUUUGGACUUAAGCGGGAUCAAUUCCAAUCAUGGAAGAAUACCUGAAUUCAUCGGUUCAAUUGAACAAUUGAGGUACCUCAAUCUAUCGUUUACCAACUUCCAUGGAAUGGUUCCUCAACAAUUGGGAAAUCUCACCAAGUUGGAAGUCCUCGAUCUUCAUAAUGACUAUGAAAGUUUGGUUGUGGAUGAUAUCCUGUGGGUUUCUCAUCUUCAAUCACUAAAGUACCUCGACCUGAGUGGCUCAAUGAUUGCGAACGAAAGAGUCCUCAUGCAGUUGUCCGGAGUAAUUCCUAGCUCACUUGGAUCAUUGCCCCACCUUAACACCCUACACUUGAAUAGAAACCGUCUUAAUGGGGAGCUUCCUCAAGCUUUAGAUUAUUGCACAGGUCUGGUAAUUUUAGACCUUGGAGAGAAUAAUUUGUCUGGAAGCAUUCCGACAUGGUUUGACGAAAGCUUUCAGUCCUUGUUGAUCCUGAGGCUACGAGAGAAUAGGUUUGUCGGCAGCAUCCCUCCGCAACUCUGCUCACUUUCAGGAUUGACAAUAUUAGACAUGGCAGUGAACAAUUUAACGGGAGCAAUCCCACAUUGUCUUGGCAAUAUGAGCAGCAUGAUCAACUUGAAACAAAGCAACUUGAAACAAAGCAAUCCGUUUGGAUCUGUGGCCGUGACUCCUGUGCAAGAUAUAAGUUUCUACUCUGACUUAAGUAGUUUGUACUGGGAUCAACAGCACGUGGUUGAGAUCUUGAAGGGAAGAUAUAACGAGUACACCAAAAUUGUUCUACGACUCAUGGUCAAUUUGGAUCUCUCCAGCAACUUUUUGAACGGGUCAAUUCCCAAAGAACUUUCUUUCCUCUCAAGAUUGCAUGGCUUGAACUUGUCUUACAACCAUCUCUCUGGAAAUAUUCCCAUUUGCAUGGGGAACAUGACAUCACUCGAGUCUCUUGAUCUUUCAAACAACCACCUUUCGGGGACAAUUCCGCAAGGCAUUUCAGCGUUAACAUCCUUAGCUCACCUCAACUUGUCACAAAACGACCUUAUGGGGCAGAUUCCAAAAGGGAAUCAAAUCCAAACACUCGACGAUCCUUCCAUUUAUGCUGGCAAUCCUCUACUCUGUGGUGAUCUUUUGAGAAACAAAUGCCUCAACGCCGAGACGCCUCAACCACAGAAAAUCCCUCACCCUGAAGAUACACAUGAAGAGGAUAAGCUUGAUCGGAUGUUGUUCUAUGCAAUCGUAAUGCUUGGAUUUGCGAUUGGGUUUUGGGGCUUUUUCGGUGUUUUGCAGUUCAAGAAGGAUUGGAGACGAGCGUAUUUCAUCUUUGCUGAUCAGGCAGCACACAAGGCAUAUGUGGCUAUAGUAGUGAAGGUAGCCAAGUUGAAGAGACUGAGAUUGUUAAGAAGCAUGUAA